UCAAUUCAAAACAUCCAGUUACAUUCUUUUAUUUUUCUGCUACUUCUCUAUUCACUUCCACUGCAAUUUCCAUUUUCAUUUCAAUUUGCAUUUCCAUUUACAUUUCAUUUCAAUUUCGUAACAAUGCCUUCUUCUAACCACAACACCAAAUCUCCGAACCCUAAUCGAAGAAGUUCAGAAUCCAAUAAUCACAUGAGAAGAAGCUUCACCGGAAAUCCAUUCUCCAAACCUUCUUCCCUCGUGGCAAACCCUAGAUCCAGUUUCUCUCACACCCCUGCCAAUAGUCCUAUAGAUUUUCCGAGAAAAAGCUUUGAUUAUGAAAAGGAAAAUGUGAAAGAUCAGGUGCUGAAACCUGGAAAGAUUCGAUCGCCGUCACCAGCUGCUACGUCGAAAUCGUCGAAGAAUUUCAUGUCUCCGACGAUCUCGGCUUCGUUCAAGGUCGCUGAGUCUCCUAGAAGGAAAAUCCUUUCUGAGAGGAACGAGACUGCUCUUUCAUCUGAACAUAAAGUUCAUGUUCGUAAGGUAACUUUUGCUGAUCCUUUAGAACAGAAAAGGCUUGAUGCUUCAAUUGAUGGAAGUGAAAACCAUUUUCCGAGUUUUGAGUCUGAUGAUAAUAUUAGUGAGAAUUUGUCUGUUUCGGAUGCUGGUUCUUUGAUUCCAAAAGAUGAUUUGUUGUUUGAAAAUGUACCAAUGAAUAGUCCUUUGAUUUCUCAGAAUGAGACUCAGAUUCACACUAAUUCCUUAUUUGAAAAUGUUACCAUAGAGCCUUUGAUUCCAACGAAUGAGGUUCACACUUUUGAAAAUGUUUCUGUAGAGCCUUUGAUUCCACAGAAUGAGAUCCGCACUGAAUCCUCAUUUGAAAAUGUUUCCAUAGAGCCUGAUUUUGUAAACCUUGACCCUACUUUUAAGCUUAGUCCACCGGCCGCCACUCCUCCGGUUUCAUACACACAUACUGUAGUAGAUCCUCUUGAUGCAGAUCCAUCACUGCCACCUUAUGAUCAUAAAACGAACUACCUCUCCCCUAGGCCACAAUUCCUUCAUUACAGACCGAAACCAAAAAUGGAAUUAGAGGACAGAUUCAUCAUGUCUUCAAGCUUUUCAGACUCAGAAGUUACCGAGGAUACUCAGUCUGAAGAAUCACUGAAGGAAUCUGAGGAUGUUUCUUCAGAUGAAACUGUGAAGCAAGAAGAGGAACUAAUUUCUGAACCAAGUCCUGUUAGGACUCUCUUGCCAGAGGAAACUGUUGAAGCAAAGGAACUACCCAAGUCGCGUUUCUCCUUGAGAUCAAUGGCUGUUGCUCUAAUUUUGCUGCUGUCAAUUGCUUUUGUAUCAAUCUCAGUCACAAAUUCUCCAGGGAUUGAUCAUGCUGUGUUUGGAGAAUUUUAUGAGGCUUAUAAAUUGUCCGAACUUUCAGAGUUUGCAAGGGCUAACUUUGACCAAUUCGCACAGUUUUCAAAAGCAAAUUAUGAAGGUUUAGCUCGAAAUUUGCAUAUUUGGUUUACUAAGUCACUGUCUUCAAUAACUGAGUUGAUUUCAGAUGUUAGAGGAGCACGUAGUUUGGCCCAGUUGCAGUAUUUUAACUUGACUAUGCUGAACGACUAUACUGUAGUUAAUCAGUAUCCUACAUGUGGAUGCCAUGAAAAUGAAAUAGGUAUCAUUCACCCUAUUGCUCAAGAACAACCUGUUGCCUCAGAGAUUGCUGUGGAUGCCGUUUCAGCUGAGCAUUAUGAUGUAUAUGAAGAACAACUUCACCAUGAUAUUGAAAUGGUCACUGGGUUUGAGAAUGCUUUGGAUGCUCCUGAAUCUGAGGAAGUGCACAAGGGCCAAUCAGCCACUAUUUUUGAAUCAGAAGAGCAGGCUUUACAACUAUCUAAAGUUGAUGUACAAAAUGAUGUAGAAGAUGUUUCUAAUUCUGAGGAAGCACUCAAGGAUCAAUCUGUCACUUUGGUGGAACCAGAGCAGACUUUGCAGCUGGUAGAAGCAGCAAAGGAAGAAAGCCAAACACCAAGUGAUGCAGAGUUGGCUCUUGUAGGUGAUGUUGAAGAUGCUGCAGAAUCCGAAGCAUUCAAAUCUGUCACUGUGGUAGAACUAGAGCGGGCUUUGGAAAUGGAAAAAAUCCAAACACCAAGAGAUGUUGAUGGUGAUAGUGAAUAUUCGCCAAAUUCAAAUUCCGAGGCUGCUGAAAUCCAUGAUAAAGAAGUGUUUGGAAAAGGCAGUGUAGAUACAAGGCUAGCACAAGAAAGUGUUGCAAAUCUCAAGCAUUCACCAGUAUCAGAUGCUGAAAUUCAAACUGAAAACAAAGAAGUAGGAGAUUCAGCAAGCACGGAUGCUGCAGCAAUUAGAAGGAAUGAACAAAUAUUAGAAGCUAGUCAGAUCCCUCAAAACAUGGGGCUAUACCUGCUGCUUUGUGCAGGUACAGUUAUUAUUGCAGGUGCAACUUUUAACUGGUCAAGGAAAGUUAAAAACAGCAGUAAACCUAAGAUUGAAUCUGACAACAAUCAGAUUUCCCCGGGUAAACCAUCUCUGAGGAGUGCACCAGUAGAAACGGAAGUUGUUGGAGAAUCAAGCCCUUCAGAAAUGGUUGGAGAAUCAUGCCCUUCAGAAAUGAGCAGCUUUGAGAAGAGCUCAUCCUACAGAGUGAGUCAAUUAAAUGAAACUACCAGCAUUGAUAAAAAGCGCAGGAAUAAUCACAGGAGAGAGUCUUUGGUUUCUUCUGACUCCAUGGGUGACUCAAUGGGUUCCCCAUCCUAUGGAAGCCUAACAGUGUUUGAGAAAAUUCCAAGGGGACGCGGCGAUGACGAGAUAGUUACUCCGGUUAGGCGUUCGAGUAGGAUCAGGAGCCUUGCCACUUCACCUGUAUAAGCUUUUGUUACUGGCUCUCCUUUAUAGUCUAACCUGCAUAACUUUGUGCAUCCCUGCAAUGUGAAUGUAUUUCUAUUUUCGAUCAACAGAAGUGUCUUGUCUUCUGAAUCUUCUAGUUCUAUUGACUUUGUAGCUUUAGAAUUGUUUUUGAAUGAAUGAUUGUUGCUCAAUGGGUUCGGUUAAUGUCCACUUUUAUAUAGGCUUCCUCCCUUGUACUCUAACUUCCAUAUUCAUCAACUUUCACACGCGUGGCCCUUGUGUUGAUGAUUUCGACUAUUUGAAAUUUGCCGACCUUCUUCUACGGAGAAGAAUUUAUUUUCA